AUGGCCGGCCUGUCGGACCUGGAGCUGCGGCGGGAGCUGCAGGCCCUGGGCUUCCAGCCAGGACCCAUCACCGACACCACUCGGGAUGUCUACCGCAACAAGCUGCGCCGCCUGCGGGGCGAGGCCCGGCUGCGCGACGAGGAGCGGCUGCGGGAGGAGGCCCGGGCGCGGGGCGAGGAGCGGCUGCGGGAGGAGGCCCGGCUACGCGACGAGGCGCCGCUGCGCGCCCGGCCCGCGGCGGCCUCUCUGCGGGCGGAGCCCUGGCUCUCCCAGCCGUCCUCCGGCUCGGCCUGCACGACCUCAGGGGCCUACGGCGACCUCGGGGCCUCCUCGGCUUCCUGGGUAGGGAGCCGCGGCCUCGCCUAUUCCGCCCUCCCUGCGCCGCUCAGGCGCCGCGCCUCGGUCCGGGGCAGCUCUGAGGAGGACGAGGACGCCCGGACGCUCGACCGGGCCGUGCAGGGACAGGGCCUCGCCGCCCGCCGCUGGUGGGCCGCCUCCCCGGCCCCAGCGCGGCCGCCCUCCGCCCUCCUCGGCCCCGACCCGCGACCAGGCCUGCGGGCGACGCGAGCCGGCCCUGCUGGCGCGGCGCGGGCCCGGCCCCAGGUGGGGCGGCGGCUGGAGCGCUGCCUGUCUAGGCUUCUGCUGUGGGCCAGCCUGGGGCUGCUGCUCGUUUUCCUGGGCAUCCUCUGGGUGAAGAUGGGCAAGCCCUCGGCGCCACAGGAGGCAGAGGACAACAUGAAAUUAUUGCCAGUGGACUGUGAGGAAAAAACAGACGAGUUCUGUCAGGCCAAGCAGAAGGCGGCCUUGCUGGAGCUGCUGCACGAACUGUACAACUUCCUGGCCAUCCAAGCUGGUAAUUUUGAGUGUGGAAAUCCAGAGAAGCUCAAAAGCAAAUGCAUUCCUGUUACGGAAGCCCAGGAAUACAUAGCAAAUGUGACCAGCAGCUCCUCUGCCAAGUUUGAAGCUGCUCUGACCUGGAUACUGAGCAGUAACAAGGACGUGGGCAUCUGGUUGAAAGGGGAAGACCAGUCUGAAUUGGUGACGACUGUGGACAAGGUGGUCUGCCUGGAAUCUGCCCGUCCCCGUAUGGGUGUUGGCUGCCGCCUGAGCCGCGCCCUGCUCACUGCUGUCACCAACGUGCUCAUCUUCUUCUGGUGCUUGGCUUUUCUGUGGGGGCUCCUGAUUCUCCUGAGAUACCGGUGGCGGAAGUUAGAAGAGGAGGAGCAAGCCAUGUAUGAGAUGGUGAAGAAGAUCAUAGACGUGGUCCAGGACCAUUACGUGGACUGGGAGCAGGACAUGGAGCGCUACCCGUACGUGGGCAUCCUGCACGUGCGCGACACCCUCAUCCCUCCACAGAGCCGGAGGCGCAUGAAGCGGGUCUGGGACCGCGCCGUGGAGUUCCUGGCCUCCAACGAGUCCCGGAUCCAGACGGAGUCCCACCGCGUGGCCGGAGAAGACAUGCUGGUGUGGAGAUGGACUAAGCCCUCCUCCUUCUCCGACUCCGAGCGAUAAGCCUGGACAGACACCCGUUUCCAGUCAGCCUGUCCCGGAGGUCCCCUCUGGGGGCACAAGAGGGUCGCUGAGACCUGCCGGUGCUGAAUUCACACUUGCCUUGACUUUUUAUCCUCCUCACAACCCAGUUCCAAAGGUUUCUCUCUGUAAGACUCUAGAGGAGCUCAGCUAGUUAGGAAACGUGGGCUUCCUUUGAGGGUGGAGGGGAGAAGCCAGGGGUGAGGGCCCAUCCUUUGCCCCGUUACGCUGGCAGAAAAGGGGAGAAGGGUUUUUUUUUCGUGAAUAGAAAAGACAAAAGAGCAGCAGCUGUCAGACCCAGCAGAGCUGCGUGAGGGUGGGUGCACCGGGGCUUGCCCGCUGGGCCAUCGCUGGGCCUGGGCCGUGGGGGAUGGGAGCUGCUUGGUCCAUGUGCCUUCAGGGGGUGUUACCUGGGAGCUCAAGGGUGAGCCUGGCCUCUGGCUGGAUGCGCCUCUUUAUCCUGAAGGGGGAAGAUGCUAGAAAUUAGAACAAGUGACUGUAGGGGAGCUGUCUAGAAGCACUAGGCCCUGAUGGAGGGGCCCUCAGGUCAGGGGAGUGAGCUGUUGGCAUGGCUUCCUGGAAGGAGGAACCUGGAGGCAGGGCGGAGCUGAGAGCAGGGAGAAGGGUCGGGCUGGCUGCCCUGCAGCCGCCACCUCCAGGGCCGGGGGGUGGCCCCCUGCAGUGGUGCUUCUCACGGAAGUGGCGACUUUGCGCAAGGCCUGCAGCCCGGGCAUUGCAUCAGGCCACAACGCGCAUUCCAGGACCUUGGGGGUCCCGCGUGAGCUGGGGCCUCGCGCUUCCUGUGUGGGAAGAUCACCUUGUUUUACUGUGACCACAGCCUCCCCACCCGGGGCUGUUUAACCAGAACUUCGCACAGCGACUGUCUGUGCCACCCGCUGCUGUGGCUCCCGGUGGGCGAGGCGCGGCAGCCACACGCUGCCCCCUGCUGGCCACACGGUGCCGCUGCAGACCGCCAGCCCUCCCGCCGGCUCCGCUCGGGCUCUGCUCAACCUGCCUGGCAGGAGGAAGGCUCCAGAAACACCGCGGCAGGGGGCCUUGUUAGUUAAGUGAGAAGCCGCUCUGGCGAGCCUCGUCCUCGUAUGUCCUCAUCUGCAGCAGGCGGGAGAGGAGGAACAAACACGGGAGAUGCCGCGCUGCCUCCGGAAGACAUUAGCCACCCCUCUCUGGUCUUACUGGUGUUUUUGUCUCCUUAAUAAAGCUCCGGUCUCCCUCACUUGAGCAAUACUCUCAUUUCCUCUGAGGCCGGCGCCGCCCGCGGUGAGGCCGCGAGGCUGCGUUCUCGCAGUCG